AUGAAUGACGUGGACGGAUCUGACUGUGAAGAUCUUCACUCUUCACAUGGGCGAGACUAUGACACGUUCAGGCAGGAGACAGCUGGGAUCCGCCGGCUUUACGAGGCUGGAGUACCGUUUUUUACAAAUGAACAGCUCCAGGACCUUAGUAGGCAGCUUAAGCAAGCAGAGACUUGUGAAAAACCAGAGAUAUUUAUCAAAGGAUUGGAGGGUACCGAAGAAACCUUUGAAGUCAGGACUGGCGUUACCAGGGCUGGUUCUGAGCCCGGCACAGAAUGGGUUCUCAAGGCACCAGCUAUUGAAUACCGCACGUUUGGAUUCCUUACCUCAUACAGAGCGUACCAGAUGGAUGGAUAUAGUGACCUCAGUCUCAGGGUGCUCCACUACAUGGAGCUGCGCAACGAAGUUACCAAAGAGUUACUGCCAGGAUUCCGCUACGCUGUGGAUUCGACCGAGACAAUCAAGAAUUCUUUCACCGCCUGUAUCCAAACCUGGGAAGCCAGCCAAUCCUAUGCGCAACUGCAGAAGAUGGUCGAAUCGCGCGAGAGCUUUCCUCCGAUCACGAAGAUAGUUGCCCUCGCUUUAGGUUCUAUGCAGCCUCGUUCGAUGGGCAAUUGGGACCACAGGUCUGAGUUUCAGCAUGCUUUGGCUUUGACAUUGCGUGACCUCGUGGGUAAACGUCAGGGAGGGACAUCUGGGAACGUACAAUGCUACGCACAGGACCCUGCCUACACCGAUACUGACAAGUCAAUUCUCAAGAAAUACGAUAUUAAUAUCCUGGAAGAUCCAGAUGCAUUUGUGGAGAUCGAUGACUCUACUAUUGUCGUGACCUUCGCACCGGAUGUGCCUGUGAGGCAAAUCGUUGCUGACAUCGCUCGCCCUGCGAUGAUGAUUUGGAAUACAUGCGAGGAUGAGAGAUGGAUGCAUAACGGUCGUGAGCAGUUUAUGUAA